AUGCGUGGGAGGCCACUAAAAGUUGACCAGAAUGCCAACUUAGAGGAAACUCUACGAAGAGCUCGAGGAAGAGCCGCACAGCGCCGCUACCGGCACAGACAAGAGCAAACGUUGGCUGACAACGAGGCUAGAAUUGAAAAGCUGGAAUCCGUUGUCCAAGGAAUGAUCAAUACCUUUCUGGAUUUUGGGGACCAAGUCACACGGUCAAUGGCUGUUCCUACUCAUAAUGAUUCUGGAGAUUUAGGAACAGCUUAUCACGAAGCCGUGAAGAAGUUCCGGAAUCUGGCGGCCGAAGUCGACGAAGACAUCUCCUGGCCUCAAGAUCAGGCUCUAAGCUCAACUUCAGACGAUACUCGACAAGCCGCUAACGACACUGAUCUCCAGUUGGCCAGCCGAGGGCCAUCGAAGCUGCCUUCGACUGCUGGUGCAACGUAUGAAGUUGUACGUUUACGCCGUCCGCCUUGCUCUAAGGCUAGUUCCCAGACACUUGCCAUAUCGCAGCCGGCACUCUCGCACAACAUGCAAAAAUUCUUAUCUCCAGCAAUAAUAUCAAUGCCUGUUCUGAACCCUGUGCUUUCUGCAGACUAUUUGAACAUCGAAGAGCUCUCCUUUUCUGAAGGUUCGCUGUACAAGAGACUUCUCCAUUAUGGGAUGUUAAGGAAUUAUCAGGCUUUGCGUUGCGAUGACCCGCAGGACAAACGAAACCCCUGGUCUCACCGAGUCCACCGCUUCAGCCUUCGUCACUCAACCAAGUGGAACCUUCUAUUUCUUACUAGGCUUGCGCUCGAAAAGAUGUCCGAGGAAAGCUGCGAGAGAAUACAUGGGCCUGCUCCUCCGUCCAGAGAGCUUCCUGACAACGAAUUCUUUGGCAGCGAAAAGCAUCGGAGUCUUGCCACUGCCAUCCAACAUGACCUUGAACUCGAAGGUAUCCUGUCCGACAUCGUGCGCGCUGAAGAGAUCGAAGACUAUCUGGCUCAGAAAGGGACGACGAGACUUGAGGGAAACAGGCUUGAACUGCGACUGUUCUCCGGGAAGGCGAAGGGUUGCAGGACUCAUGGUUCCCAAGCUUCUUCGCCUCACGAAGAUAUCCAGACCGUCAUUAUUGACACCGAGAGAUUCAUGCAAAAGCUGUGUGAUCAGGCAAUAUGCUUAGGAAAUGGUAUGGGCUUCUCGAAACACAUCGUCAACGACGUUAUAGUCUAUUCCGCAGUGCAUAUGGGUGAAGCCCAGUGA